CUCGACGAAUGACGACAAACAACAAUUUUCUCUUCGUCUUCUCUUCAUCCCUGUGACUCCAGAUAGUUCAUCUUCCUGGUAUAUCAAGUGUGUUUAGUCUUCUGACCUUCCAAUUUUAGAAUUUCCACCUGUGUUUCACUUUUCUCUCAGUGUGUGAUAUUUCAACAUGGCACAAAGAUAUACCAUCAAUAUGAUCACUCCCGAUACUAAAGAUUGGACCUGUAAAGUCCAAGUUGUUGAUAAAAGUCGACCAAGGGACAACAAAGAUAAAACCACAAAAUACCAAGUCUUAGUUUUGCAAGAUGAAGAGGAGAAUCAAGUUCAAGCCACUAUUUUCAGUACCGAUAUAACAUAUUUUGAAAAAGAAUUUGCUCCUUUCAAGACUUACUUGGUAUCUGUUGCACAUGUGAAAUUACCACCUCUUGGAUACGAAAAUCCACUUAACAAAUUCAUUUGGACACUCGAUAAAAACACCAUUGUUGAACCAGUUGAAGAGGUCAAGCCUCCAGAGGAUCCAUUACCACCACCAACAUGACUAACUCUUACCACAUUUUACACUUUUGAGUAUCAAUCCAAAGAAUUUGAAUUUGAUGUACUUGCCAUUGUCAUUAAUGGUAGUCCUUCAACAAAGACUGCAACUGGAAAACGAAUUCAAGAGUUUAUUGUCAUGGACAAGCUGAAAAAACCAAUAAAACUGACACUUUGGGAGGAUUUCAUUGAUCAUGAGGGAGUUAAACUUUUCAACCAACUUCAUGAUUACCCGAUCAUUCUUGCUAGGAGAAUUGGGAAAUCAUCUUCAGGAAUGUCAAAUAGAUUUGUUGGUUUGACAAGCAAAUUCAAUACAACAAUUGAAAUCAAUCCUCCAUAUCCACAGGCUGCCGAAUUAAGGACGUGGAUCAAAACAAUUGAAACAAAGCUUGUUGCUUAUAAGAUGAAAAGUACAACUCCAAUAGGCUCUAUUAUGUUGAUUCCAUUUGAGGAUGAGGUUAUAUCUGUGGCUAACAUCCAAGCACAACCUCCGGGACAAGUAUUUAAUGUUGAGGCUGAAUUGUCCCUUGCAAGUAAGGAUCAACGCUUUAGUGUGUUGGCAUGCUCAAAUUGUAAGCAAUUGAUCACGAGAUAUAACGUCCGAAGGGAAAUCUACUGCACAAGUUGUCACCAAUCCACACACCUUAUUCCUAGGUAUAUUUGCUCUUCUUCAAAAUUAAUAAUAACUAAUUAA